AUGCAUGGGCCCCACUCCUUCGACCUCUGCCGCCAAAGCUGCCGCCGCCACCUCCAGAGAAGAGAGGAAGUAGGAGAGGAGCCCAGGAUGCUUGUCAUCCCAGUUCUCCAGCCGCGCUGCCCCUUCACCUGCGCCAAGCUCGCCUGCUCCCCUGCUCUGAUCAGAGCUGGAUCCAGAGUUGUGUACAAACCAGUUUCUGCAUCAGUGUUAUCUCGACCUGAGGCAAGGGCUGGAGAGGGCUCUACAGUAUUUAAUGGGGCCCAGAACGGUGCAUCUCAGCUAAUCCAGAGGGGAUUUCAAACCAGUGCAAUCAGCAGAGACAUUGAUACUGCUGCCAAAUUUUUUGGUGCCGGUGCUGCAACAGUAGGAGUAGCUGGUUCUGUUGCUGGUAUUGGAACAGUCUUUGGCAACCUUAUCAUUGGUUAUGCCAGAAACCCUUUGCUGAAGCAGCAACUGUUCUCCUAUGCUGUCCUGGGAUUUGCCUUGUCUGAAGCUAUGGGUCUCUUUUACUUAAUGGUUGCUUUCUUGAUUUUGUUUGCCAUGUAA